AUGGGUAAGAUUUUCCCUCAGGAGCAAGCUCGGAAGGGUGUUUUAAGCUGCGGAUAUAACACAGACAAAGACAGUGGGGACAGAAGUGCGGGGUGUUUGAGAGAGGGUGAUGAGGUAAGGUGUGCCAACUGCAGACAGCAGGGCAUGGGCAAGGAAACGCUCACGGCUCUGGCAGGACUGGGUGCGGUACCACUGCCCCAGCUCUGGCUCACUCUUAUUCUUUACUCUGGUCAGACAAUCAAAGCUGAGGUUGAAGAGCAGCAGCAGGAGGAGGCAGAGAAAGAAAAGCCAUCCGAAGCCGGUGUGGAGGUCCUCCCAAGAGAAGUCAGAGACCUUCCUGGACCCCUUCGGACUCCAAGGAGGAAGGGCCACAGAGAAUGUCCGCUCCAGGUCCUGAAACAGAAACACCCCCUGCAGUACAGGUGGGUUCUGUGGUUCUUCAAGAAUGACCGAAGCCGGCCCUGGCAGGACAAUCUGAAGCCAGUCACCAAGUUUAACACCGUGGAGGACUUCUGGGCGAUGUACAGCAAUAUCAAGCUGGCCAGUAAGCUCUCUUCUGGUUGUGACUAUGCUCUGUUCAAGGAAGGCAUCCAGCCCAUGUGGGAAGACAACAGGAACAAGCGGGGUGGCCGCUGGCUGCUCAGUCUUGCCAAACAACAGCGCCAUAUUGAACUGGACCGUCUGUGGCUGGAGACGUUGCUAUGCCUGCUUGGGGAGAGUUUUGAGGAAUACAGUAAGGAGGUCUGUGGAGCCGUUGUCAACAUCCGCACCAAGGGGGACAAGAUUGCUGUGUGGACAAGUGAAGCAGAGGACCAAGCAGGAGUGUUGCACAUCGGGCAUGUAUACAAAGAGCGUCUGGGCCUGUCUUCAAAGACCAUCAUUGGGUACCAGGCCCAUGCAGACACUGCUGCCAAGAGCAACUCUUUAGCCAAGAACAGGUUUGUGGUGUGAGGCAGACUUCAGCCAAUACUCAUCGGACACCCACUUACUGCUGUUUGGUGACUGGGAAGACAACACUGGGGAUCCUGGGCAGACAGCUCGAUUCUUCACCCGUCUUACAAUACAUAUAAACACUCCACCCCUUGGAUAAGGUCUCACUAUGUUACAGCCCAGGUUAGCCUCGUAUUUAUGGGCUUGAGACAUCCCCCUGCUCCAGACUAAAUAUCUGGGAUAACAGGGGCUCACCAUUGCGUCUGGAUUCAUACUAGUUUCUUCAUCAUUUGUUGGGCCCAGGCCUUGUGGCAGCUGGCCAAUUCUUACAAACCACACUUGAUCCUUAACUCUGUGUGUGGCCAUUUGGCAAAGGCAGGGUGAAGCAAAGUCCUGGCUCAACCCCACCAAAUCAGGACAGGAGAAUCCCAUGGCCAACACUUUGUGCUUUUUUGGUAUGUGUUCUAAAUAAAUACUUUUGAAUAAA